CAGUGUCUGACCGACGCUCGCCGGAGCCAUUGUGCUGUACUGUACUUGCUGUAUUAGUUUCUCGCGUCCUUGCACUUGAAGUAAUUUCAUUACCAACGCGGAGUGACCAUGACCAUCCGAAUUAUAGGACCGUCUUAAGAUUGUUUAAAAGUUAUUAGCACGAGUGUUAUAUGUAGAGAAGUAUAACUAAAUAAACAUAGUAGUGCCGGAGUUAGUGAUUUCUAAAAACUUACCGCUUUAGACCUUUCUUAAAGUACACAAAGUUUCUACUUAUGCAUCCGGAGAUAUCUACAAAAUGUGGCCACCAACGUAACUGCGCAACGUAACGUAAUGAGCCGCGUGCGCAAGCGAGAGCGACAAUGACAUAUAUCCGUCGCGCUUCCAUAAAUUUCCACAAUAUCAGCUGAUAUCUGAACGUCGGCCGCGGCGGACGUGUCGAGUCUCUCCACAGUCAUGCCGCGAUAGUGAAACACUAUGGAAUUGCUAAACGCGUCGCCUUCGCUUCGGCAGCGCGGCGUCAGUGCCAGUGAGAAUCAUGAGUUAAACCAGUGCCCUAGUGUCAUGUCUCCGGAAACCAAGCGGCUGCUCCCACCUACUACUGAGACCAUCAUGACCAAACCCUUCCCCAUUAGAGGUGAAAGGGCGAACUAUGUGAACAUUCCCCAUGUGAUUGCCAUGGUGGGGCUCCCGGCGCGGGGGAAGACCUACAUCUCCAAGAAACUCUCCCGAUAUCUCAACUGGAUAGGAAUCAAUACAAGGGUAUUUAACCUAGGCGAAUACCGGCGACAUGCCACAAGCGCAUACACAUCACAUGAAUUCUUCAGAGCAGACAAUAAGGAAGCCAUGGCGAUUAGACAGCAAUGCGCGCUAGACGCUCUGAAAGAUGUCUGCGAGUGGCUGGUCAAAGGGGGAGAGGUCGCGGUAUUCGACGCGACGAAUUCAACGCGGGAGCGCAGGCGCAUGAUCCGCGACAUCGUAGUACACGAGAUGGGCUUCAAAUUGUUCUUUGUGGAGUCCAUCUGUGACGACCCCCGCAUCAUUGAGCAAAAUAUAAUGGAAGUGAAAGUGAGCAGCCCCGACUACACGAACAUCCAGAACACAGACAACGUGCUCAACGACUUCCUACUACGGAUCGAGCACUACAAGGAGAAAUACGAGCCUUUGGAGGAAAACCUGGAGUCCGACUACAGCUUCAUGAAGAUCUACGACACGGGAGAGAAGGUAAAAAAGGUAGUGGUGCACAAACACGAAGGACACAUACAGAGCCGGAUAGUCUACUACCUUAUGAAUAUACACAUAGUGCCACGGACCAUAUAUUUGACUAGGCACGGCGAAAGCUUGCACAACAUCGUAGGCCGCAUCGGCGGCGACAGCGCGCUGUCGGCGCGCGGCGCGCAGUACGCGGGCGCGCUGGCGCGGUACAUCGACGCGCAGGCCAUCCCCGGCCUGCGCGUGUGGACGUCGUGGAUGCGGCGCGCCAUUCAGACGGUUAAAGACGUCAAGGCGCCGCAGGAGCGGUGGAAGGCGCUCAAUGAGAUCGAUGCUGGCAUCUGUGAAGAGAUGACCUACGCCGAAAUCCAAGAAAAGUACCCGUCAGACUUCAACGCGCGGGACGCAAACAAGUUCGCAUACAGAUACCCCCGAGGAGAAAGCUAUGAGGACCUCGUGGCCAGACUCGAACCUGUUAUCAUGGAGCUGGAGAGACAGGGGAACGUGCUGGUGGUCUCACACCAGGCGGUCAUGCGGUGUCUACUGGCGUACUUCCUUGACAAAUCUGCAGAGGAGCUGCCCUACCUGCACGUGCCGCUGCACUCGGUCAUCAAGCUGACCCCGGUGGCGUACGGCUGCCGCGAGGAGCACGUGGCGCUGGCCGUGGACGCGGUCGACACGCACCGCCCCAAGCCGUCUGUGAUACCAGCGCCGCUGAUCGCAGCGCCCGUGCCGCCGGUCCUUAACGGAGAGUCGAACGGUGACAACGACCAGUGUGAAAAACAUUAAUAUAUUAUACAGGACUUCGGAAGUAGUGUCGAGUGUCCAGAGACAUCCAUGUAGCCCCUCUGAGCAUAGAGAAAUAAGUAAGCAUAGAGUGCUCAGUUUCUCACCAAAACGCUUAUUAUUUUCGUAGUCGACAUGUAGCGUCAAGUAGCGGAUUUAUGAGUACUGCUACUUGACAAUAGAUGUCGCUACGAACGACAAGUCAAAUGCUGUACAAUUUUCAGCGAAUAUUAAAACCAAAACUCUAUUUUUCUGCUUGUAAGAUUAGUUGUAAAAUGUUAAGCACUUUUCAUCAGUCGCGACACUCGUGACAUCUAGUGUCAAGUAGCGGUACUGAUAAAUUCGCUACUUAACGCUAGAGGUUGACUACGAAAAUAAUAAGCAUUUUUCGUAAGAAAACUGAUGUAUGGAGUGAGCACUCUUUACUUACUUAUAUCUCCAUGGUCUGAGCUAACCUUGCAUCGACUUGAAUAAAAAAAUGACGGAUUGUAAUUAUAAAGGUCAUAUUCUCAUAGAAAUUUGAGAUUAAUGAUGACAUUGUCACACUUUGUCAUGCCCUGCAGAGUUAGUUUGGUCCGACUCUAGCAACGCAUGUUAUCUCUAAAUUAUCGUACCAAGUAAAUUUAAAAUACUUUUAAGUAUUUAUUGUAUAGAGAUGUGUCAACUUUGCCAAAAAAUGCUGGAUUUAUAUGGAGGCGCCCUAGGAUUCAGCCAGAGACCGUCUGCGCCGAUUUUGCAGCGAUGAAAUGUGGGUGUGCCAUAUUUUACAUUAGUGGUGGCAUUCCUUCACUCUGUCGGUGCAAAGUUGGCUUGGUCUGACUCUAAGUAACUUAGGGCAGUUACACACUACUUACUUCGAUAUCUUAAAUGUCCUAUGUCCAUGGGAAAAACUAUAUCUCCAUUUUAUUUUAAAGUUAAUUGUAUAUCUCAUUUACUCAGGUGAAAAUAUUAUAGCGAAAACUAGGCAGUACCAAAGAGAAUUUGAAAUAGAGGUGGAUUGUCGAAGAAAACUUUGUAGCAGCAAUAAAUUUACUGCCAUCUUUCGACACAUGAUUAAUACUUUAAAAACGCCAUUUGACUUUGAUCCUUAUCCUUUCAUUGAUAUGUGUUUAAUUUGUUAAAUAUCAAAAAGUGGCGCCGUCUAAUAGAGCAUAGGCCAAAGGUAUGCCGGCAUUGUUUCAAGCGAUGGUGCCACAAUCUUUAGGUUGUGCCCGGCAAGAUGGCGCCGCUAUUUGAUAUUUAACACCUAUCAGUGAAAAAAUAAGGAUCGAAGUCAAAUGGCGUUCUAAAAGUUUUAAUCAUGUGUUUAAAGAUGGCAGUAAAUUUACUGUGGCUACAAAAUUUUCUUUCGACAAUCCACCUCCAUUUCAAAUUCUCUUUGGCAGUACUGAUACGAAAACGUUAUUAACGUAGCCAUGUUUUUCGAAAUAUAAUUAACAGUUUAAUAAUUUACAGAUGUAACGGUUCGUUGUUAAGAGUAAAAUGGAAUUAAAUUUUUCUCUUGGACACUAUACUCGGCUGCGGCUUUUAAAAUUGUCGUUUUGAAUAUUUUGGUUUAUAUUUAUCAGCAAGCUCGGUUUUCCAUACAAACUUAGUUAUAUGGAAACGCUCUCAUAUCAAAACUACUAGCUAGAUUGCUCUGAAACUUUGUACUCAUAAUAGGAUAAGGUAUAUCUAUGCCUGUAAUUAGUUUAUAUAGCUUCAGAUACCAUAGUUAAGAAAUACAGCAAAUUUAAGUUAUUCAUACAAAACUUAUUUUUGCUCAAUUUCAUUUGUUUUAUAAGCUGGAGCUCUAUAACCUUUUGACCGCCAAAGACGUCAUAUGACGCGCGCGGCAACAGCCCAAUAUCCACCUUCAUGCAUACCGACAAGGUUCACGAUUACGCGCGGCGUACGAUAGGCGUGGCGUUCAAAAGGUUAUCCUUUUAGGUCUUAGUUUAUACUAAUUUCAGGCAUAGAUAUACCUCAUGACAUUGUAUGUGCAAAGUGUCAUUACAAUCCAACACGUAGUUUAUAAAAUGAGAAUGAAACUCCGAUUGUAUGGGAAGGCGGAAUUCGGCCGAGCGUGCCGCGGACUAACUUAACCCUUUUACCGUCAAAGGCGUUAAAUGACGCGCGCGGCUGCAUUUAAUUAUCAACCUUCGUGCAUUGUGGAAAGGUUCACGGUGACACGACACGACAGGCGUAGCGUUCAAACGGUUAAUAAUCUAUUUAUAAAUAAGUGUAUAAAGUGAGUAGAGCGCACAUCAAGGACCAAUCGCAACUCUCACUUGAUCAAUACACUAUAUAUUAUAGGACAUUAUUACACAAAUUGACUAAGUCCAUAAAUUGAAUAAAUAUUUAUAUAUUAUAAUAUAUAUCGUUGUCUAAGUACCCUCAACACAAGCCUUAUUGAACUUACUGUGGGACUUAGUCAAUUUGUGUAAUAAUGUCCUAUAAUAUUUAUUUAUUAAUAGGGUAAAAAAUCAGUACAAUAUUAUUGGAUAACGGCAAUUUGUUAAAGCUUCAGUCGAGUAUUGUCACCCUCAAUAAACAUCUUGCACAACCUGCUAUUAUUUGAUAUUGCAAGCCAAUGAUUCCUUCGAAAAUGUCUCAGCUACAAGAAUGCCAAAAACAUUGAUUGUUAUACUAUUAACGCAUUCACUGCCAGGGGACGUGGCCUAGGAACAAACUUGUAUGACGGUGAACGCAUAUAUGCGUCGGUGGCAGUGAAUGCGUUAAUGGACAGGGUCCCAUAUCUCGAACGGUAUUAGUCUAAUAUUAUUAGUGCGUUGCCAUGGUAACUCAAUCGACUUGACAGUUCGUGGGCAAAUAAAAUUAGUCAAAUACCGUUCGAGAAAUGGGCCCCAGGUAAUAGUUAUUUACGAUACAAGUGCGUAAAGUAGGAAAUACGCAACGAGUGGUAAUAAAUUAAAACACCACCAAAGGGAGUAUUGUACAAAUUUUUACAGUACAUAUGGCCCUUUCUAAUUUACGACAUAGGCACGGAAAGAGUUUAUUUCUGCACUAGUGCGGGAAACUAGCACCAUAUGUACUAUGUAAUAUUUCUUACCUGAAACAUUUUUGAAGUUAACUUUACUGUACACAUUGUAAUAUAAAUUAAACGUUUUCAAAAAUACCACAUUAUCAACUGUCGAUAAAGGUUAUUUCUGAGUGUAAUAUCGCCUUAUUGACAUAAAGUGGAAAAUAUCGAUUAUACAAAUAUCCAAUGUUAUAUAGAUCGUAUCGUCAGUGACUCUAAUGAAUGUAAUUUUAACUCAUUGUGGUGGCUUGUACCGUCUGUGAAGUUGAAUUUGAGACUGAUAAGUGAGUCUAAAUCUUCUAAAGUAAUAUAAAUUGUGAAAAUUUAAAAAAAAAUCGAGGCCAUUUUAUCAUUUCACUCGAGAGAUAGUGCUGGGACAAAACAAUCGAAUUCAAGCUUUGCAAAUAAAUGCUUGGAACUUGCUUAGUACAUUCGAAUUUUGUAAAUUGUGCUUAUUUUGAAACCGUCCUAGUGAAAUAUUUGUAAGCUGAAUUGUAACUAUGAGGACGUUGCGCUUUUUAAUAAUAUUUAUAAGUGUUAUUAUAACUAAGUACCAAAAAGAGCCUUUUGUGUAAUUGUCAAAAAUCAAGAAUGAAAUUGUCAAAAAUACAUACUUCAUAUUGACAACAGUAAAAAAACGCUUGCAGCAAUAUAACUCUUAUGUUGUUAAUUACAAAGUUGUAAUUCCCUUGUUACGGUUGAGAAUGAACUUUUAAAUAUGAAAUACAAGCUUUUCUUUACUCGACAAUGCAGGUUUAUCAUCCUUGUCUCACCUAAUAAAGUGAAAAGGAGAUAACAUGAUAUACUUCGCAUCGCAGAUUGAAUAGCAAAAAUGUCCCGCACUCAUAUAUUUUUGUAAGCGCUCCAGUUUCGCCUACCAUCCGGUCAUAUUGAUAUAUGUAGGUAGGUUUACAAGCAAUGGUUUACAAAUGGCUAUGUAUAUUACAUGUAUGUAAUUAAUUUAAUGUUUAUUAUAAGUGUAUUUCUAAGUGGG